AUGACUAACUUCACUGACAUGUCUACGAUCGUACCGGCCGAAAUGACGCAAGUCACCGCCAUGGCCGGCGAGCAUUUCAUAUCAUUCCCGUUGAACUCAAGGUUUCAUUUUGCUGAUGGAGUUCCUAGACUCCCACGUGACUGCGCUGAGAUUCAGACUGGUGGACUAUCCCAUCUCAGUGGAGUGUAUCCCAUCUAUCCCGAUGGAGAUGGUGAUGAUCCUCUCUUUGUUUACUGUGAUAUGGAAACGGACGGAGGUCGCUGGACGGUAUUCCAGCGUAGACAAGAUGGAUCCGUUGACUUCUCUCUUUACUGGUCCGAGUACAAAAACGGUUUUGGAAACGUUUCCUCCGAGCACUGGCUCGGUAACGACAACAUCCACCGUCUUUCCCGUAAUAAGACCUACGAGCUACGGAUCGACCUCGAAGACUUCGAUGGACAAACGCGCUAUGCCACCUACAGCAAUUUCAGUAUUGCAGACGAGGUCGCAAAGUACAUCCUGGCCCUUGGCAGCUACUCCGGAGACGCAGGUGACAGUAUGUCGUUUCAUGCAGGUUAUCCGUUUAGUACACUGGACCGCGAUCAUGAUAAUUCAGGGGGACACUGCGCCGGUCGUUACAAAGGAGGCUGGUGGUACAAUAAGUGCCUUCGUGCUAACCUCAACGGCCAAUACCUGAAUGGUCUAACAGGGAUGUACCACAAGGGUGUGCUCUGGGUUGAAUGGCGCGGUUAUAAAUACUCCCUCAAGAAGACGGAGAUGAAGCUUCGCCCGACGUAAAUAACAAACGCCUGUCAUAAGAAGGUGCCGGUUUGCCGCGGGUUUCGUAGAACACACCUUAGAGCACCACACUUAAUGUUCUGUAUCUUGUCACACAUAGCUUCUCAGGCAUUUUUCCUUUGAUAAAGACACCAAUUACAACACCCUCAAAACAGUGUUACUCAUUUUAGUAUUGGUUUAACGUGAAGGCAGUUAUGCCGCGUUGCUGUAACAAGUGUUCAAAAAUAAUCACUUAAAUAGAUAUAUAAUCCUACAUUGUCGAGGGUAAUUCAGGGAAAAAGCACUGUAAUGUUUCUUACGGCUGUUUGAAAGAAGGAAACCUCAAUUAGAUCAUUGCAUGAUUUAAUUAUUUUCUCCAAGAAUUUUAACAAAAAGGAUGCAGUGAAUUAUAUAUAUGUAAAUAUAUUGUAAUUCUGUAAUAUUGUAAUUCUAUUAUUGCAAAAUUGUGUCCUGAAGUAUGUUAAACUUUAACUCAUGUCAGUGUAUUUUACUUGAUGGUCGGAUGCCCACAAUUAUACAAUUUUUCACACAACUGCGCCAGGAGUGACAAUUUUGACAGACAUA